AAAGCCAAACAUGUCCCGCUCCGGCAAAGAAGAGAGGCAGCAACCCCCGCUCCGGCAGUGCAGUGAACAUCGCAAUAAGGCUUAUAAGCAUACGCGUGGUGGGAAGAAGAAGAAGCCCAGGGAGCUAAAGUGGGAGUUGGAGGAGACCAACAAGUCGUUCUACGUGUGUUCACUUGAGCACAGGUUUAACUGGGUGGCUCAUGUUGUCCGCGCCAUCAAUCUUUCUGAUUUAUUUUCAUCUUCACCGGUGGACGAUCCAGUACCAUUACGACAAGUGGCUUAUGAGGCAGGGUCGCAUCUUCCGGGAUCCGUGGGUUGCGGUGUUUGGGGAUCCCAAAUUGUUUUCACCGGCGGCGUGACACCCUGCUCCGCUUACGGCCUAUGUACAAUAGAUUCCGACUCAGUAUGGAGUCCAAAUGUGUAUGCUUUUGAAACACGAGCAAAUACAGAUACGAAGAAGAUCAGAAUGCUUGAGGCCAAUUUAAAAGCAGCCAAAUAUAAACCUCUGACGGUGGAGCUGGCCGGCAAACUGUACACUCUUUCUUAUGAGAGGGUCAUCGGCGAUGACGAUAGUCCGACAUUUGAGGUAUUUGACCCUGAACUAGGCAGGUGGGAAGGUUUGCCCCAUCCUCCAUUUUUCCAACCUCGCUCUCCAUAUUAUGGCGAUGGCAACUUCGCUUACGCAAUCGCCAGCACCAAGAUCUUUGCCUCCCAUGAAAAUUGUCCAGUGUUUUGCUUUGACGUUGCCCACCCCAACAGAGAUUGGAGAAUGGUCUCCACUAUGUGCCAGGGAGGGCCUUUUCCUUUUAUUAACGAAGCUUUAGUCCUGGACCUGCAGCAGGGGAACGAUGACCAGAAGCUCAUGUUUGCCUAUCAUUAUCAGCCUUAUCGUCUACAGGUGUAUCUUAUGUCAUUGUCUGACAACCAAGAAACCAUCACAAAAAUCGGUGACCUGAGGAUCCCGGAGUUGCCUGAUGAAUUGGGUCAGCCACAACGCUGUCAGCUUUUGCACAUUGGAGGCCAGAAAGCCUUCCUUGUUGUCACCGAAAUCGGCCGCCCUGAUGAUGCAGUCAAGACUUGUAGUGAGCUGGGUAGUCAUAAGAGACAUGUUGCAGUCAUACCAUUUCAUUUUGAAGUUGAUAUGACCAAGGUAGACAAGGACACGAAGAAUUGCUUAACACUCCAAUUCAUGCCUCUUCGCAGCUUUGAAUACCAUACCAACCCAUCCACUUUUCCUGAUCAAGAAACGACGGGCGCAUUCAAAUAUUGUCCAGCUACGGAUAUAAAGUAUAAUGGCUUAAAAAUUGCGAUUCUCUAUCGCAGCUUUGCAGAUACCCGGAGGAGCUGUUUCUGAUAAUCGCAGCUCUGCUGCUAAUAUAAGAGGCCAGAUGAUUUCAAAAAGAUUCCAGUUUUCAUCUGAAAGUAUGCAGAAUGAUACUAGAACCAUUUCCAUGACUCAUACUUCUGCACUGAGAGUGCAGCCAUUGGUUUAUUUGGUUA